GCAGACAUGUCCAUAGCACUCAAGCAAGUCUUUAAUAAAGAUAAGACUUUCCGCCCAAAACGCAAGUUUGAACCUGGAACCCAAAGGUUUGAACUCCACAAACGAGCUCAGGCCUCUCUGAACUCAGGUGUGGACUUGAAAGCGGCUGUGCAGUUGCCCAGCGGAGAAGACCAAAAUGACUGGGUGGCGGUCCAUGUUGUUGACUUCUUCAAUAGGAUCAACCUCAUUUAUGGAACUAUCUGUGAAUUCUGCACAGAGAGGACCUGCCCAGUGAUGUCUGGAGGCCCUAAGUAUGAGUACCGAUGGCAGGACGAUAUGAAGUACAAGAAGCCCACAGCACUGCCAGCACCCCAGUAUAUGAAUCUUCUCAUGGACUGGAUUGAGGUGCAAAUCAACAAUGAGGAUAUAUUUCCUACAAGUGUAGGUGUUCCCUUUCCAAAGAACUUCCUUCAGAUCUGCAAGAAGAUACUCUGCCGGCUUUUUCGGGUGUUUGUUCACGUCUACAUCCAUCACUUUGACCGUAUCAUCCUUAUGGGGGCUGAGGCCCACGUCAAUACCUGUUACAAGCAUUUUUAUUACUUUGUGACAGAGCUCAACCUCAUAGACCGCAAAGAACUAGAGCCUUUGGUGUUUGUGAAGGUAUUGAGUGUGUUAGAUCCAGAGCACACUCUGGAUCUAAGUGAGACAGAUGAGUACAGCACACUGUAUGAAGCAAAGGAGGGAAAUGCAGAGUUGAAACCUAGAGGAUUUGUUUUUGACCUGGCCACAAUUCCUGUAAUGGGAAAAACCUAUUACAACCCAGGAGCUGAACCAGCCACAAAGAAGUGCAAAAUGUACUUGGUUUGGUUGCUUAUUCUGCUGGGAAGAACAUGGAAUUUGCUAGGUGAUGAAAUAAACUUCGUCCAGCUGGCAGGGCUUGGCCUUCGGCUGAAUAUCUCGCAACAGCAAACGUAUUUUGCAGCCUGUCAAAUCACCAGUUUUUUGAAAAAACAUAUAUUGGCUAAGAAGUUACUGAUUAAGCAUUUUCCGGAUUACUCCAAAGUAGCACUACCUGGAGAUUAUUUGGAAGAGGAGAAGGAAGAAGGUGGUGAUGAUGGUGACAAAAACACUAAUGUUGAACAAAGUCCUGACAAAUUCAUCUCCACCAAAGGAGCAGAAGAGGACUUUUCUCAGGAAGAGCAGGCACUAGAAUCCAGAUUUGGACCCCAUUACCUUACUACUCUCACACAGAGCCAUAAUGAAGAACUACCUUUGGAUGAAAUUUUUGUCGUAGAUUCAGAUGCUCAGGAGAACAACAGAGACCAGCUUCUGCACCUUACUUUGACCCUCUGA